UUCGGGACCCGGUACAGAAUAAGACUUGUUUGCGAAUACUUGCAAGCAGACAAGAGGCCAUCGGAAACAAGGCAGCGUUAACGGGCAGCAUCGGUGUUCGAGAUGCGUUUCCUCGGGUUGCUGGCCGUGCUGGCCAGCUCGGCAUGGCUCCCGGCGAGCGGGCAGACGGACGACGUGUGCAGGGCUGAAGACCGCACCUACAGCACCAAGAACGUCCCGGCGGGCAGCCACCAGCCGUUCGAGCAGCUGAACCCCUUGCUUGGCUCUCUGAGCACCAAAUUCUACAUCACCGUCGUCAACCUGACGCCGCACCGCAUCAGGCUGCAGAACACGCACUCGUACCAGAUGGACACGUUCGAGUUUGGCGACGUUCCCCAGGGCCGCGCUCGCCAGAACAGGAUCAAAUACCGGGGCACCUGGUCGACGGGAGACGACGCGGGCGAGGCCUACUACGCCCUCGACGGCACCGACAAGACCUUUGUCCUGCGGGUCAAGACGUACGCCUCGGAGCCGGACCCCCGGCGGGUGGUGCUCGACCUCAGCGGCAUGGGCCUGGGCCAGCGCGAGUACGUGUUCCCCGGCGGGGAGACGGCCGUGUCGCUGGUCAUCACGGGGAGCAGCCGGUUCGGCUUCCAGGCGUCGCUCCGCCACGGGCCCGGCAACUGGAUGCGCAACCUGUACGACGUCAUCGGCGACCGCCCGGUCCGGCACCUGGUCAUGCCGGGCACGCACGACGCCGCCAUGAGCAAGAUCACGGACAAGCUCACCAGCAUCGGCAGCGAGCCCAACACGCAGAACCAGGGCGUCAACAUCUACGACCAGCUGCGCGCCGGCUCCCGCUGGUUCGACCUCCGCAUCGGCUCGGUCCACGACAACAACGACGCCGCCGUCAACAAGGGAUUCUGGGCCAUGCACCUCAGCGACGAGAUGGCCACCGUCGCCAUCGGCAACACGGGCGAGUCCCUGGACGAGAUCGUCGACGAGAUCAACCGCUUCACCGACGAGAACCCGGGCGAGGUCGUCUUCCUGGCCAUCCGCUACCUGGUCGGGCGGUACGAGCGGCCGGACCGCGGGCCCAUCCUGUGGACCGCCGCCGUGGUGAACGACUUCUUCGCCAAGCUGCGCGGCAUCAAAAACCGCUGCCCGGACCUCGACGACGGCGGCACCGGCGGCCUCCAGAACCGAGAGGCGUCGUACUUUAUGGACCGGAACCAGGGCCGCGGCUGCGUCAUCCCACUGCUCAACGGCCACCUAGACCGCGACGGCGUGCCCCGCGAGUCGCCCGGCGACGGCAUCUACGACAUGGGCCGGGUCAUGGCCGUCAGCGACCACUGGUCCAACAAGAUGCAGGCGAGCGACAUGGCGCCCGACCAGAUCGCCAACUGGCGCUCGGCCACCCGCGGCGGCGGAGGCGACUACGGCAGCCUCAUGAUCGCCCAGUGGCUCGUCACGCCCGACGCCCUGGCCUCGACGGCCUACUCGCUGCAGAGCUUCGCCAUCCAGCCCGCCAACCCGUCCCUGUACUGGGCCGGCGUCAACGGCAUGGACCCGGAGCACUGGCCCAACGUCCUGCUGGUCGACUACAUCGGCGUCCAGCAGCAAGACCGCUGGGCCUGGGACCAGCUCAGCGCCGAGCUCUACACCCUCGCCGUCGGUCUGAACCUGUACAUGAUCAGCGAGAACUGCAACGUCAGUCCGCACCGUUCGCCCCUGCUCCGCAGCGCCCAGGAGGAAGAAGGAGUCGUGGCAGCCGCAGCCGCAGCCGCAGCCGCAGCCGCCACGCUGGGCGGAAGCCUCCGGGCGCCGUGGAACGGCAUCGUGUUCGCCAACGGCACGACGCUCGAUAACCCGCCGCCCGAUCUGCACCCGGGUCGCAUGGACGUCCUGCCGAAAGGGACGCGUUUGGGCAACGGGACGGUUCUGGAGCAGAGCAUACCCAACCCGUGGUAGCGAAGCCCGGGGGAGCAGGGGGUGAGGCCGGGGAAGGGGUUUGCUGAGUCCGAAUUGUGUUUGGUCUGUGAUGGGAACUGAUACCGGUCUGC